UCCGCUUGUCCGAGGUGGCAGUGAGCUCCGUUGGAAGCCGAUUUGGGGUAAUUGAUUCUGCCUUUAUUAUUUAAAGGACCGCCUAAUCAGCUCACGACUUAACACCGCCGCGUCAAGAUUCGCCUGUGUCUCAAGCGGAACCGAAUGUCUAGCCUAAUCUGAGCUGCCGACGGCCCCUCUGCAGCCAACUAGUCCCUUCACAACAUGGCUAGUCCGCGUACCAGAAGAGUGCUUCAGGACCUGAGGCCAAGGGAAACCAACAACAAAUGUUUCGAGUGCGGUGCCCACAAUCCGCAAUGGGUGAGCGUUACCUACGGCAUCUGGAUCUGCCUCGAGUGCUCGGGCAAACACAGGGGCCUCGGCGUGCACCUCAGCUUCGUGCGCUCCAUCACCAUGGACAAGUGGAAGGACCUGGAGCUGGAGAAGAUGCGGGUCGGGGGCAAUGACCGAGCACGCCGUUUCCUCGAGGCCCAACCAGACUGGGACCCCAACGCCCCCUUGCAGCAGCGCUGGGACUCCAAGGCGGCCGCCCUCUACAGGGACAAGGUGGCCACGGAGGCCCAGGGCAAGACGUGGUCGGCCGAAACGUCGUCUGCCAGGAGCCACACGGGGCGCUCCUUCCCCAAGAGCAGCUCCGGACCCAACCUGAGGCAGCAGGGGACGGCGGCCACUGGCGGCGGCGGCGGCGGGGCGCGGCAAGGGGACGCCGGGGGACGGGCGGACGACUGGGGAGGGGGCUACCAGAGCUAUGGCAUGAACAUGGAUCAGGUGGCCUCGCAGAGGGACGACUUCUUCAACCGGGUGCAGGCCGAGAAUGCAUCGCGCAGAGAGGACCUCCCACCGAGUCAGGGCGGGCGCUACAGCGGCUUCGGCAACAGCGUGUCCCAGCCUCCCCGCAGCCAGUCAUCCGAGUUCUUUGACGGAGCAUGGUCGUCCUUCAGUUCUGGCUUUGCCACCUUUGCAUCCGGCGCAACAAAGAUCGCUUCCAAGGCAUCUGAAAACGCGGUGAAGAUCGGCAGCAUAGCGGCCUUGAAGGUGGCCGAGAUCUCGGGCACCGUCAACGACAAGGUCAAGGACGGCACCCUCAUCGGCGAUCUCCAGAGCCAGGUGACGACCAUCGGAUCCAAGGUGGUGGACGUGAGCCGGCGCGGGGUGCAGGACCUGUCGACACUGUUCGCCAACAAGGCCACCACCCUGGAGACGGCCGAGGGCGCGCCGACGGAGAAGUCCUCGCUCCUGCUCGGGGGCAGCAGCCCCCCCGGGAACCCCAAGGACAGGAACUCGAGCGCCGAUUGCAGCGACACCCCGCUACUGCACCAGGACCAGCCGUACAACGCCGAGCGAGACCAGGACGGCUGGCAGUGGGCACACAGCGGCGCCAGCCCCACCUCCACAUCGAGCGCAGCACGCCGGGGCUCGGACGGCUGGCACGACUGGGGCACCACGGACGCCUGGGAGCCCGUCACGCCGGCGUCCCCGCCACGCCCCAAGGCGACGCCGACCUCCACCAAGUCGCCGCCGGCAAAAACCAGGAGCCCCCCAGCGAAGGCCAAAAGCCCGCCGGCGAAGGCCUCGUCCUCCUCUUCCUCCUCCGUCAAGUCCUCCAAGAAGAAGACGGGCGACGAAAAGCUGCUCAUUGACUUCGGGGAGGACGGGUCCCACAAGACGCACCCGGACUGGGAUGCCGGAUGGGACGAGGACUGGGACCAGCUGGACUCUUCGUCGGGGUCGCGCGGCUACCAGCGCAUCAGUACCAAGGCAGACUGAGAAGAAACCGCCGCUCCGCCGCAGCCCGCUCCGUACACACUAGUAUUUUUUCCAAAGCGUCGGUCUCGCCCCUCCUCCCCCCGCCAGCCCGUGGAAGUCCGGCAGACGUGCGGCAUCCGCGUUUACGACGGAGCGGCGAGGGGAACGGUGGUUUGUCGGUGCUUCCGCCCCUUUCUCUUUGCUCGCGGUGCUGCAGGAAUUCGGUUUGGACUGCCCCAAGUUUGCACGUCGUUUCGGUCUGCACGGCCGUCGUCGUCGAGUUUGAGGUUACAUGCCUCUUUCCGUUUUAUCCCGCUUUUGCGUCGUCGCCUCUUCCUAACGAAACGUGCAGGAACGUCCGGCCGCACGUAUUUUGCGCCGUUGGCUUCUGGUGGGCCGCAGGAGCUCGCAGGAGAGAUCUAUUCAUUGUUGUUCGUCGGUCUCGAACCGAGAAACGUCUGAAGUUGUGCAACCGCCACAGGGAAAGAAUCGCGACCGGUGUACCGUGCGUCUAGCAGGGCAGGAAGCCGUGCGGGGGAAAGGCGGGAGCGUCUCCACUCAUGGGCCCAAAUCUUUUAGACGGCACCCGCUCAUUGUCUUGGCUCGAAGACCGGAUCUCGACGUUUCGCUUUCACCGGCUAGAUCGAUUCUCUCGGGUCCGCAGUAAGUGCACCCUUCGAGAUCUUCUUGCGUGCUGUCUUGCCCACGGUUGAGCAACUGUUUAAACUGUACAGGGUCUGCCUCAUUUUUUAGCCAGAUGAAUUUUCUGUUUGCUUUUAAGUCGUGGGUUGCCAGCUUUGCAGACGCAUCGGUGACCGGCGCUCUCGGAUGCGUGCACGGUGCACAUUGCCAGCGCCUGCGGUGUACAUAGGGGGGUCAGCCGAGCAUUCCAAGGGCGUGGCAGGUGCGGUACCAAUCUGCUCAGACAUCCAAAUACUCCCGAAUCGUGCCGAGCCUCCUUUUUCUUCUUUCCCGAUUUCUCUUUCAACUGUGCGCCCCGAAUAGACGAUUGGGGGACGAAACCAGUGAAAGCCGCACCCUGGAAGGUACCCGUCUUCCGUCGGGGCUCGUGACGCGUCGGAGCGUGGGCGAAGAAGUCAAUCAUAUCGUCAUGCAUAAUCCCCUUUUUUUUGUAAUGCGUCGCAAAAGUUUUCUCGGAAUGGAGCAGUGUCAGCGGCCGCCUGUUGCGGAGCACUGUGUUGCAGCUUGGGAGGGGGCUUGAGAGAGACGAAUAAAGCAUAUAUUUAUUAAAGUGGUG